AUGAUCACCUUCACGCCCCUUUCCGGCCCUGCCCGCUCAGAACGCAUACAGCCUCUCGCAUAUCUCCUCCAGGUAGAUGACAUACGCGUCCUCCUCGACUGCGGCGCCCCAGACUGGUGUCCAGAACAGUCCACUUCGGCCCUCACAGAAGACCAUCUGAAUGACCAGGCUCACCACUGGCAUAAAUACUGCGAUACCCUGCGAGAACUCUCGCCCACCGUCGACCUGGUCUUGCUCUCUCAUGGCGACUUGUCUCAUGCCGGGCUUUAUGCCUACGCACACGCCCGUUGGGGACUAAGGGCACCCGCAUACUCGACCUUGCCCGUUCAGGCCAUGGCGAGAAUUGCUGUGCUUGAAGAGUCGGAGACCUUGCGCGAGGAACAAGACGUCGGACCCGACCCCGACCCCGACUUGUUGCUCGAUGACGGCGGCGCUCCAGACCGGAUGGACAUUGACGAUUCAGGCGAAGCUCAAGACUCAUUACCGGCUGCCAAGAAUUACCAAGACAAGCGGGGCAAAUACAUUGCGACAACUCUGGAAAUACAAGAAGCUUUUGACGCGGUCAACACUCUUCGGUACUCGCAACCUACCCAUCUUGCCGGGAAGGCCCAAGGUCUGACGAUUACACCUUUCAACGCUGGACACACUAUAGGUGGCACCAUCUGGAAGAUUCGAUCACCGUCUGCGGGCACUAUCGUCUACGCUGUCGACCUGAACCAUAUGCGGGAGCGUCACCUGGACGCAACUGUAAUGCGUCAAGCAGCAGGGGCCGCUUUUGAACCCCUCCUUCGACCAGACUUGCUCAUCACCGACGCUCAGCGGGCAGACUUUGUCAGCAGUCGGCGCAAGGACAGAGAUGCCGCGCUCAUUGACGCGAUCACAGCGACGCUGGAGCGCCGCUCGUCUAUGCUACUGCCCUGCGAUGCAAGUACUCGUCUCCUCGAGAUGCUCGUCCUACUCGACCAGCAUUGGUCCUUCGCACGACUCAAAUACCCAAUUUGCCUGGUCUCUCGUACGGGCCGCGAGAUGCUUACCUUCGUGCGAAGCAUGAUGGAGUGGCUCGGCGGCACAGUCAGCAAAGAAGAUGUCGGCGAAGAGGCGGGUGGUGGCGGACGAGGCAGUCGUAAACAGCAGCGAAAGCGCGAACGUGAGCGUGAAGAACACGAGGAUGCAGAAGAAGAAGCACUAGGAGCUUUCGCCUUGCGUUUCAAGCAUCUGCAGUUCUUCACAAGCCCGGAGGCCCUACAAAAGGCCUUCACGAUGAAGGAUCCCAAGGUCAUCCUUGCCGUUCCGGCUUCGCUCUCUCAUGGACCUUCACGUGCUCUGUUCGCCUCUUUCGCUGCCAUACCGGACAAUGUCAUCAUGUUGACAUCGCGCGGAGAGCCUGGAACAUUGUCCCGGCUCAUGCACGACCGUUGGAACGAUUCGCAACGCGAGGAAACAAAAUGGAACCGCGGAAAGAUCGGUAGCAACGUGAUGCUUGACCGAUCUUUACACCUACGAAUAAACUCCAAGGUUCCGCUUGUCGGCGCUGAACUAGAGGGAUACCUCCAGAAGCAACGAGAGGAGCGCGAAAAGGCCGCCGCCGUCGCGGCAGCCAACGAGCGCCGUCAGCGUUUGUUAGAGGCCGACGCUGAGGAUGAUUCAGAGUCGGAUGAUGACUCUGACGCGGCCGAUGAAGAAGAUGUUGAACGCGAACUCGCGGACACGCAAGGAGGAGGCAAUGAAUGGAGCGAUGGAGCACGGCUGACCUUUGAUAUCUACCUCAAGGGUAACGUCGCGCGAGGGGCGGCGAGUUUCUUUCGCGCCGCACCACGCGAAGGACGAGGAUAUCGCAUGUUCCCGUAUGUGGAGAAGCGAAGGAAAGUCGACACAUUUGGCGAGGUGCCGGAUGUUGCGGCAUGGUUAAGGCGUGGACGCGAGAUGGAGGAGGCGGAAAAUGUCAAUGCUCCUGAACGUCAGGCUGAGGAGGACGAGUCGAAGAAGGAACCCGAGGAAGUCCCGUCAAAGUUCAUCACGACGAUCGUAGAGGUUCAACUCGCAUGCCGCUUGCUAUAUAUUGAUCUGGAAGGCCUCAACGACGGUCGCGCAACAAAAGCGAUCAUCCCUCAGGUGAACCCGCGCAAGAUGAUCCUGGUCCACGCAUCCGCAAGCGGGACUGAUUCCCUCAUUGAGUCGUGUGGCACAGUCCGUACAAUGACGAAGGAUAUCUAUGCGCCUGGUAUCGGCGAAGAGAUCCAGAUAGGACAGCAGACGAAUAGUUUUGCCAUUGCGCUGUCUGAGCCACUCAUUGCCAGUGUUCGUAUGUCGCGGUUCGAAGAUAACGAAGUUGGGUUCGUGCGCGGACGUAUCACAACCUCAGCUUCCUCCACGAUGCCUACGCUCGAAGCCUUACCGCCGGGAUAUGUCGCAACGCGGAUUCUAAAUUCAUCCACUCCAGUACGCGUGCUGGGUGCCCGCCCUUCACAGCGCCUUCCAAGCAGCACGCUCAUCGGUGAGCUGAAGCUGACGGCCCUCAAGGUGCGCCUCGCUGCGAUUGGAAUCCGUGCCGAAUUCGCCGGAGAAGGUGUUCUUGUAUGCGGCCUUUCACCCGAGGGAGAUCUGGGUAGCUCGGUUGCGGUGCGCAAGGCCGCCAGAGGUCAUGUUGAGCUGGAGGGUGCUGUGAGCGACGUCUAUUACAAAGUUCGCAGGGAGAUCUAUGGGCUUCAUGCACUUGUUGCAGCUUAG